AUGGCAUCAGAAACCAUCCUGAUAACAGGCGCAUCCUCCGGUCUCGGUCUUGCCUUCGUACAACACUAUGCUUCCUUGCCAUCACGGCCCAACAUAAUAGGCAUCGACAACCAAUCCUUCCCAAUUCAAAUUGGCAAUCAACAAGGGACCAAUAUUCAAUUCCAUCAGAUUGACAUAACAUCAACUUCCAAGAUCCAAGACCUUGCAUCGACACUCAGCUCCAUACCCAUCAACUUAGUCCUUCACUGCGCUGGUAUCCGGGGUCUUGUUCCACAUAUCGUGGCUCACGAGAAAGAUAGCAACAGGGUCGUCGCGGCAGCAGAAACACUGGAAGCCAUGGAUUAUCCGACCAUGAUGAAAACCCUUGAAAUCAAUACCUGGGGUACUUUCAACGUUAUCAGAUCGUUCUUGUCAAACCUCCAACUAGCCGCUGUUACUCAAAGCUCAUCAAAACCUAAGGUCAUCAUCUUGUCAUCUCGAAUGGGAUCGAUAUCCGCGAAUACGGCGGGUGGCGGGUAUGCAUAUCGUGCUAGCAAGGCGGCCCUGAAUGCGGUAGUGAAGAGCUUCGUCAUCGAUAUACCGAAUGUGCAGUUUCUGAUGCUGCAUCCGGGACGGGUGGAGACGGGACUGGUGGAGUGGAAGGAGGAAGGAGCAAUUGGGGUGGAGGAGAGUGUAGGGGAUUGUAUGCGGGUUUUGACGAGUAUGACCGAGGAAGGAUGGGAGAGUGGGAGGCUGGUGGAUCGAUUCGGCGUUACAAUCCCCUGGUAG